CAAGGCAGUGUCAUUAUCGAUGCACUAUCGAGGCUUCGUCGCUUGGGAGGCCGGGUACGCGCAUACCAUGCCACUAUAUUUCCACCACCACAUUCUGCCGGUGAUCGGCUGCCUGUUAGCCCUCUGCGUGCCGCUGUGCGUUUGUGGCGGUCUCGCUGUUCAAAUUGGCCUCCAAUGCAAACUUGGAUGUGUGCCCCUGGAUGGACAGUGCAUGUGCCACAAGGUAUGUUCCAGUCUUCAGUCAGCUACAUCGGCGCCAGCUUGGGCACUCGCGCUUUGCAUGGUCUCCAUGGCUGCAGCCGGCGGUCAGUUCGGAUUUGGUGGAUUUGGCGGUGGAUACGGCGGUGGACUUAGUGGGGCCUUCGGCCCUUCUUUUGCUGCCACAUUCGCACGUCAGGAACAGUAUUACCCAGCCCAACCGUACAGCUUCGGCUACAACAACCAAGACCAGUACGGCACCAGGACCUACCAGAAAGAACAAGGCGACGCCUCGAACACAAAGACCGGUAUGUACGGGUAUUCGGACGCCAACGGCAUCUACCGCCAGGUGAAGUACAUCGCUGACGCUGGUGGAUUCCGCGCAAAGAUCGACACCAACGAGCCCGGAACCGCCCCUGGUGCUAGCGCCGACGCAGUGUACAACGCUAACCCACUCCCCGCUGGUCGACAGUACCGUAUCAUCGGUGGCUCGUCGCCCUUCUCAUCUCCCUACACGAGCGCAUCCACUUACGGCUUCGGAUACGGCCGUCCAUGGUCUGGAUAACCUAGCACGUGAUAUAGGUUUAAAUAUAAUUGAAGAACUUCCGCAGCUUCUGACACUGUUCUUUAGUCAAUUGAACAGCCAAGCAAGCUGUUGAAGAGGUUUAGCGUUUUCUUCGACUAUUAUAGGUAUCCUAAA